CGCUGUUUUUCCCGUCGGGCAUUGCGCCACCCACACAAACAUGUUAGCUAAAGAUGGUGAUCAGCAAAGCCUAACUUCUGAUAAAAUGACCUCACCGCAUUAAGAAGGGUCAAAGAUUUCAUCAUUUUGUCAGCAUGGCCCCACGAGUCGAUGAAGUCAUGAAGCUCUGCUGCGAGUUGUCCGCCAACCAGCAGAUCAAGACCGCCGUGAAAGGCUCUGGGAAGGGAGCGGCGGCGGCGGGUGGGCUGGCCUUCGCUGGAGGCCUGAUCGGAGGUCCUCUUGGCAUCGCCGUGGGUGGCGCUGUGGGCGGACUUCUCGGCUGCUGGCUGACCAGCGGAGAGUUCAAACCCCUGCCGCAGAUCAUCAUGGAGCUCAGCCCCCCGCAGCAGCAGAAGCUGUAUGAUGACGUGAUGGCCGUCCUUGGAGACAUUCAGUGGACGGACGUGGCUCAGCUGAUUGCUCUGGUGAUGAGCAACGGCGUGCUGAAGCAGCAGCUGACCGCCGCUCUGGUUGGUUACGUCACCAAGGAGCUGCAGGCAGAGGUGCACUACAUGGACUGAUAGUAUAGAUUUUUCUGGACAUGUAUAGGUGCCAUCACAAAUUAUGACUUUAAAACUGAUAUAGGAUCAUGUAUCACUAUGGACUCAUAAGACAAAUAAGCAGCUGCCUUUUAUUAUCUGUCAUGAUUAUGAUUUUAAAUCUUUUAAUCCUCUUGUAAAGCCUUAUUUAUUUUAUGCAGCGACAGACGAGACUGAUGUUGAGCCAAACUACUGAUGUAUAUUCAUCAUUCAUCAGAUGGUUUGCAAUUUAACAAGAAUUAUCGUAUUUAUUUUUAAUAAAAGAAAAGUGGCCCGUA